AUCCCAAUACGAAUAUCUGCAAAUAUAUGUUCUAACAUCCUACAAACUCCUAUUCUUAAAAAGGAAACAUUACAAAAUCUGCAAAAGAAAUUAAGAAAAAAAGAUGGAAAAUGGGUACAAAGAUAGAUGUAGCUGUUGUAGCCACUCAAGAAUAUAUGAAGAUUUUGUGCCGUCAUCAGAAUUGGUUCAUGGAAAAGACUAUGAUACCCUUCUUCUUAAUCUACCAGGUUUCAAGAAAGAAGAGGUGAAGGUUCAACUUUGCAAAACAGGAAUUCUAAAGAUCAGUGGUCAAAGGCCAGUCAAUAAAUUCUUGAGCUUUCAAAAGGACAUUCCUGUUUCAAGAAAUUGUGACAAAAGUAAAAUCAAUGCAAGGCUUGUAAAUGGCAUUCUAUAUGUCAAACAUCCAAAACUCAUAACAAAAAAAGAAAAAGAAUUGCCAGCCUCAACUAGUGAAUUACCAGAACAGGAUUACAAGAAAACAGAAUUAGAUGACUUAAGCAAGCAGGACAACGCUGAAAAUUCCCAUGCCAAACAAGAACCAAAGACUAUUAGUCCAAAUAUCAGUGAAAAAACACAAGUUAAACAGGAUGAAUCGACAAAAGAUGACACAACACGAAAUGCCAGCGAUUUAUUUGCAAAGUUGAAGGUGUCUAGGCAAGUUAUGAACAUGGCCCUGGCUGCUGUGGUGGUUCUUGGUUUCGGUCGUUAUGUUGUCAAUGUGAUGAGGUCUCCAAAGAAAGCUAAGGAAUGAGACUAAGCCGGCUUGUCUUGCUGCAAUUCGAAUUUCAAAGUUGAGAAAUUGUGCAUUCUCUGUUGUGAUUGUAAUCAGAAGUUACAAGGAUUCAUAUUGAAAUGUAAUGAAUGAAUCUGUCAUUUAUCAGAACAAAUAACAGCAUUUGAAUAAAACAUUGGUGCUAGAGGUGUUAAA